AGGGGGGGGGGAAGAUGCUUGGUGGCGUGGCAUGGAUUUUGGAUGAGCAGACUUGGGAUGGGAUGGCCCAGAGAGACAGCCUGCACCGCCGCCCGUACUGGAUUCAGUAAUAGUAUAGGUAGUCCGUUGGCGUGCUGCUUGCUGUUCUGCUGAACCAUAGCCCAUGCGCAUGUCGUGUGAACCCAAAAGAUCGGACGCGCAUGAAAAUCGGAGAUGGGGCCCGAAGCCUUGCCGCCGCCGACGACGACGACGACAACGGUGAUGAUGCUUGAUGAUGAAGGUUACGCAUUUUGCCCACACCGGGGAAUUUCGCCCUCGUCUUGUUUCUAGACUGCGGUCUUGGGUGGCAUUUCGGAGGAUUCAUGUCCUUUGGAGGACUCACCCACCCGGUCUAGCAUGGUUGAGUGGCGCUGACACAAUUGUCCAUUGCCCCUUACUCUGCCACCACCGUCGGCGGCAACAAUCCUCGCAGCGGCUUGUUUCUUUCUUCAUGCAGAGUAGCGUCGGGUGGUAUGGGCUACUUGGACCUUGCACUGCGUCGCCCGCCGUCAAGGUUCCCGUUACCCUACACCCGCCACCCAGCUGCAGCACUAGGGCUUCCGGCCCAACCUCUCGCCCUGCAGCCUGUAGGUCUUUGCCGAUCCAGGCUCGCGACGCCUCGACUUCCGCUGAAAUACACCACACAAAGCUUUGGGGGAAAUACAAGCAAGCUUUGGCAUGUCAUAUGAGUGGUGCCGCGGACCGAACGUGCUUCCGCACGGGAUCGGGCGGAUUAGACUUCUGAGAGGCAGGCAGCUUCAACGGACAGACGAGUAAUUUGUAUGCAGUCCAGCAAGAAACUGUGUGAACUGGGUACCGCAUAGGGUGAAAAUGUAUGCUGGCCCGCUGCGAGGCCUGGACAACCCUUCAUGGCCGCCAGGCACAGUGCAGUCUUGGGGUUCUAAUUUAACCUCGGAGCCGCCGCCAUCGCAUUUAGAGAUGAACGCUGGACAAGACGUCCUUAUAUCGGCCAGCCAGGAC